AUGUCGCUGCGGGGCUGGGCGCUGGCCGUGCUGGCGGCACUGACCCCGGCGGAGCGCAGCCGGUCCUACGCCGUGCUGCAGAAACAGAACCUGGUGCUGCUGGGCAGCAUCCUCAGCGCCCUGCUGCUCACCAUCGUCCUCGUGGCCGUCUGCGUCUACAAACCCGUCCGCCGGCGGUAGUGGCCGCGUCCCGCGGCUCGAGGACAUCGCCGUCACCCGCACGGACCCGCACGGACACCCGGAGCCGCCCCGCGUGGGUUCCGCUCGGCAUCACCGCAUCCGCUUUGCAGUGAUGGCGGUCCCAGCCCCAGCGCUGAGCGCCGGAGCCACGGGGAGCAGCCGCGGACGAGGACCGCGUCCCAGCCCCAGCACCUCUGGGAGCUCUGCGUUGGAGCUACAGCCGGAUCCACGUCGUGCAGCUUUUGGUAACAAAUUCAAGGGUUUACACUGAAGUCACACGUGCGUACGGAUGCUGCUAUUUUUUUGUUGUUGUUUUGCACUGCCGGGAGUAGUAACUGGAUUUUUGCUUAUAAAUAUUACUUUGGUAUUUAACAUAGGGGUCAGGGGUAGUAAUUUAUUUUAGAUUUUUAAAACCGUACCUCCAGAGUAAAGGUGGUGGUCAGCUCUGCAAGCACUGCAGCCAGCUGGUCCUGCUCUGUUAGGGGCAGGGAGAACUCCUGGAGCUGGGGGCUCCCUUUGCUGCUGCUCUGCGCAUCAGUGAAUGAGCCUGGCCUGGAACAGACCUCGUUUCUAAUCUCAACGAAGCACACAUGAGGGAGCAAGCUAACAGCAGGAUGUUUCUUUCUGAUCUUCUCCAUAGUUGCAGAGCUCUGGCUCGCUGAUUUUUGCAUCCUUUGUUCCAUGUAACACUGUGCCCAUAGCUGUGUGCUUGUUUGUGGGUGCAGCUCUGAGCUGAGCUGCCUGCAGCAGCAUUGUUUGCAUUCAUUCUUCGCCCCCUGCUCUGUCUCUCUGUACGAAUAAAAGAGAAGUAAACACUG